AUGGAUACUGCCGUUGCUGAUUACUAUUUCCUGCAGGGACCGAAUUUACUCCGAUGUCGAGAUUCUGCUAUCAAGACCAAGAAUUUUACAGCUAACAAUCGAGCUAAGUUAGGUGUUGAUAUAGACUUAACACCAUUGAAAUCUCCCUCUCUUAUGGAAGCUACAUCGCAAAUACCAGAAACCUUCAUUGUGAAAUGGUUCAGCUCGAGUCGCGUCUUUAUAACGACACCGCCAUCGUGGAACACUCAAUGUGUGGUUUUCUUUGAAACUAUUGAGACAAAUAAGCUAAGACGCAAAUUUUUGAGAGUUCGAAUCAACAUUAAUAUACCUUACUGUGAACCAGAAGACAAAGUUACUCUUACUGGACUUAUUGUUGAUGCUGCGAUGAAUGACAUCUCUACGGUUUAUAUAGAAAUCCUCGACAUUAUAAGAAAAAUACGAAAAAAGCAGGAGAACCAAAAAGAUAGCUUCUCUUCUUACCGUGAAGGAUCUAUGCAAACGGCUAAUAGCAAAAUAAUAGCACAUCGUGCGAGAAAAUGUCUGGAAUUGGAUCAUCUGGCAUAUCUCAACCAGUAUUAUAAUCAGAGCAGAUGGGAUUCAUCUAACUUGAAAUCCACAGAUCUAAAGGUAAUUACUAUUUCUGAUAUGACUCCUAUUGAACUUUUGUAUGCUGUUCUGCCUAUACCUGUGAUGUCGGUGUUGAUCAGAGGAACUCGAACUGGACCACAUGCACUGGCAGCUAGACAAAUAAUCAGCAAAAGAUACGUUAGCCUAUGCACCGAAGCUCGGAGACAGCGGACUGAGCUCCACCAUAGUCAAGAAUUCAGAAAAUUUGUUGUCAAACUAUUCGGCAAUUUCAAGGAACGAGACGAAGUUGGUGAUUUGCGCAAAGCGAUCUUGACUUUGGUGGAAAACUGCACUGCUCGGAUUUACAUGGAGAAACCUUCCGAUUGCAUCCAGCUUAAGGCUGCGGUUUCCAAGCUCUUCAGACGACUCCUCGCUGUCCAGAGACGUACCUAUAUAGAGAGGGACGAUUUCCGCGGAGACAUUGAGAAGCUCAAAACGGCCACAAAAGAUCUCAUUACUUCGUUUGCAAACAAAAUUCAUGAAAAGGGAGUUUAA